AAGAGCAGCAGCACUAGCUCGUUAGUUGGUGGUCUCCAGCAGGACUUCUUCCAGCGCAGACACGCAGCAGGUUGGCAGCUUCUUCACCUCCAACAUGAACGGGUUAAACGACGAGCCAAUGGCGCCACAGACCUUCCUCUAUGGUUGUGUGCUGGAAGCUGGAAAGGAGGUGGUGUUCAAUCCUGAGGACGAUGACUUGGAGCAUCAGCUGGACCUGAGGAUGGUCUGCGUGGAGCCCGGCACCAAGGAUGAACUUCACAUGGUGGAGGUGGAGGGACAGGACAUGGAGGGUCAGAAAAUCAAGGCAGUCCUGGUUUCACUGAAGCCCUCUGUUCUGCCAAGUGUGUGUCUUGGUGGUUUCACGAUCACACCCCCAGCAGUUUUCCGUCUGAAGGCAGGUUCAGGUCCGAUCCAUAUCAGUGGACAGCACCUAGUCAUGAUGGAGGCUGAUCAGUCUUUCGAUGAAGAUGAUGAUGACGACGAUGAGGAGGAGGAGGAAGAUGUCAAAACAUCAAAGAAGAGACCUGCUUCCUCUCCUGCCGCAAAGUCUCAGAAAAAAAUGAAGAUGGACGUAGAUGACGAUGAUGACGAUGAUGAUGACGACGACGACGAUGAUGAGGAUGAUGACGAUGAUGAUGAUGACGAGGAGAGCGAGGAAGAGGAAACGCCCGUUAAGGCCAAACAAACACCAUCCAAACAAAAGGCUCCUGCUCAGAACGGCAAGAGUUCUAAACCCGGCACCCCGGCAGCUAACCAGGACAAGACCCCCAAAGGAAAGGGCAACAAGUCACCCAAGACCCCACCAACCCCUAAAGCAGUCCUUACAAUCCCUGAGAUUAAAGCCAAAAUUCUGGAGGCCGUGACCAAGGGAGUAACAUUACCUAAAGUCCAGCCCAAGUUUGAGAACUUUGUGAAGCAUGGCCACAGAGUCUCAGACCCCAAGGACAUUGCAGAGCUGUGGAAGUGGAGACAGACAUUGAAGGACGGAAAAUAACUCGACUCUGUAGUGUUUUAAAAAAACAAAAAAAAUACGAAAAACAAAUCUAUUUUUAUGCCUUGUUUAUGCCCAUAGCACCUCUCGAACCCUCUGAAGCCGAACUCAGUGCCUCACACUUACCGUUAAAUCACUCGUAAGUCUGUUUCAGCUCCGCCUGCUCUCCUGGAUGAAAAGACUGAAGAGGUGGCGGCGGACGGUUGACGGAGCGCCGCCUCGGUCGCCCUCUUGAGUUAACCCUGGUAGAUCCAACGUACAAUUUCCCAUCGUUGUAAAUGUGUAAAUAAAAUUCUCACUAGAUUGUUGGCAACAGGGUAUGGAGGACGUUUUCAUGUGGAUUUUUUUUGUUUAGUUUUUUUUAUAUAUAUAUUUACAAUUUGCCUCCGUUUAGGAGCGACAGAAAUAAAUCCAUCUUACCAUUACACAAAAAGCAGAUAGACUGGUAACAGCUUAACUUUCAGUCUAGUCAAACAGACUCUGUUUUGGUCGCAUCAUUUGCCAGUUUUUUUUUUUCAACAACAUACACAUGUGGCACUUUUUUUUUGAAAACACAACUCGUUUGGUGUUUUUUGAAUGUCUACGCUAGUGUGAGAUUCCCGCCGUCGUAAUCCGACGACACCAGAAUUCAAAAAGUCGUCACCGUCCAGAAAGAACCACCUAUUUAACAUUAAGCAACAAGCUGCACUAAUGUUGAAGACGACACGUUUCAGCUCUGUCGAGGAAUCUGUCUGCGUCGUUGCCACGACUACUGAUAUCCCAGAGGAACGAGGUCGCCCACUUUGAGAGACUGUACGCAUGAAGGAAUUUGCAAAUGAGUUGUGUAGCGUUUCCUAAAUGUUCCGACCCGUGCCUCAAACUCUGUUCUCGUUUGACCAGGUUCGAGUUAAAUUUAAAAACGUUGGUGCCGGUGAGGCCUGUUCAAGCAGAAGACCAUUCCAUGUUGAAGAGAUGUCUGUUUUUACGACUUUGAAUAUGCUGUGGGUUGAUGAGUGAUUAAACGACGUGGAUCUGUCUGCUGUUGGAUUUCUUUACAGUUAUAAUAGUUGGUAAUUGUACCCACGUCUGAUGCUUAAUGCAGUAUUAAGUUCCCUUGUUCUUGAUUUUGAUUUUUUUUUUUUUUUUCAUGUGCAACAAUCUGCUCAUAAUUAAAAGUUCAAGCACA